AUGAUCUUGCUUCCUACCACAUUCUUGUUUAGGGAUGGAUCAGAAGAAAAAAGGUUGAAAAUGGUUGCCGGAGCGUACUACAUACCAAAGGGAACAAGUUGUUUUAGAGGUAUAGGCGAUGAUGCUCACUUCAUAUGUGAAGAGAGACAAACAAUUGGUGUGGCAGAUGGCGUGGGUGGGUGGGGCAUCAUGGGUAUCGACCCGGGAGAAUAUGCCCGACAACUCAUGGCUAACUCUUUGGAGGCAAUAUUAAUGGAACCAGAUGGGAAGGUUGAUCUUGGAAGAGUUCUGAAUCAAGCUUACUCAAACACCAAGGUUAAAGGAGCAUCAACAGCUUGCAUAUUAACAUUGAUAGACAAUUGCUUGCAUGUUGCUAACUUGGGAGAUAGUGGAUUUCUGCUGAUUAGAAAAGAUGAAAUAUACAAAUCCGAAAUUCAAGAACAUUAUUUUAAUUGUCCAUUCCAGCUGGGACAAGAAGCAGACACCCCCGAUUUGGCAGAGAUAUUUCCAGUUGAUGUAAAAUCAGGAGACAUGCUUAUAGUCGGCACAGACGGGCUGUUUGAUAACAUGUUUGAGAGGCAGAUUAGAGACACUGCAAGAUUGGGGGCAGAGGUUGGUUUAAAUCCAGAGCAGGUGGCUUGGGCAGUAGCAGAGCAUGCUUAUCACAAAUCAAUGAAGAAGAAAGUUUAUACACCAUUUAUGAAAGCUGCUAAGAAUUCUGGGAGAGUGUUUUCUGGUGGCAAACCUGAUGAUAUAACUGUCAUGGUUGCUUACAUUGUUGAUGCUUAG